CAUUUUAUUGUUCAGCCUUCUCUCUCGCGCUCAAUCCGCCUUCCAUUUCGAGACCGGUCUUCCCUCCUCCCAUUUUCUCACACCUCCUCCAUCUCUCUCUGUAAUCAGGGUUCACCAUUAUCGAUUACUGCAAUACCUUCAUGCAGGAUUAGGUUACAAAUACACUUCCUUCCGAUCUGCUGGUACUAUGUCCUGCAGAUACUUUAAUGAGCAUUACUAGGUUUAGUCAACAUAAGUAAUAUGAUGGAACAAGAAGAGGUACCUGAACAUGGAGGAAAAUCUGCAAGGGAUUCUCCUAAGAAUAUAGAAGUUACUGGAAGAGAAGACUCACCAGGGGCUUCCAGCAUUGGAGAUUUUAAUACAUCUACUAGUGGCAUGGACAUCACAAGCAACAUAGUUUUGCAAGAUGGUAAUCUCACUAACUCGGUGACAGAAGAUGACCAAUUUGAGCAGGUACCUUUGAAGGAAGAUCAAGAGAAACACGGUCAAGAUCUUAAGGGUAUCCAUAUAGAUCUUCAGUCCCCGGGUUUAGUUAAUAUAAGGACCUCAUCUUCUGUCAGUGAGCAUAAUGAUCUAUAUUCACCUCAGAGGUCUGUUUCAGGUCUCCAUUCUUCUAUGUAUUCCACAACACAAACUGAUGUCCACAGUUCAAGCCCUAAACCAGUUCAGCAGACCAUACGAUCUUCUUCUGCCAACAUUGGUUCACCUUCCUAUCCACAUGGUGAUGGCAUUUACUCACCUUUUGAUUCACCUCAAAAGCCAAAGCUUAAGUCAAUAGUGCCAAAUGUGUCUCCAGAGCUUUUGCAUUUGGUGGAUUCUGCUAUUAUGGGGAAACCAGAAAGUAUGGACAAUCUUAAGAAUAUAGUGUGCGGUAUAGAGAGUUUUGGGGAUGGAGUGCAAGCUGAGGGUAUUGCUCUUUUGGUAGUUGAUUCGCUUCUAGCCACAAUGGGGGGUGUUGAAUCAUUUGAAGAAGACGAGGAUAAUAAUCCCCCUAGUGUGAUGCUAAACUCAAGAGCUGCUAUUGUGGCUGGUGAGCUUGUUCCCUGGCUUCCUUGGAAGGGUGACAGUACUGAUUUCAUGUCCCCUAGGACACGGAUGAUCAGAGGAUUGCUGGCUAUAUUGCGUGCUUGCACAAGAAAUAGGGCAAUGUGCUCAAUUGCAGGUCUGUUGGGAGUUCUGUUGCAGUCAGCCGAGAAGAUAUUUGUUGAGGAUGUUAGUUCCACGAAGCAGGUUAAAUGGGAUGGAACUCCUUUGUGUUUAUGCAUCCAAUACCUAGCAGGGCAUUCACUUAAUGUAGUUGACUUGUGUAAAUGGUUUCAAGCUAUAACCACAACUCUCAACACUCCAUGGGCGGUUCGUUUAAUGACUGCAAUGGAAAGAGCUGUUGGUGGAAAGGAAUCGAGAGGCCCCGCUUGUUCGUUUGAGUUUGAUGGAGAAAGCUCUGGUUUGCUUGGUCCAGGAGAUAGCCGAUGGCCUUUUACAAAUGGAUACGCAUUUGCGACAUGGAUAUAUAUCGAGUCGUUUGCUGACACUUUAAAUACAGCAACAGCUGCUGCAGCCAUUGCUGCAGCAGCGGCAGCUAAAUCUGGGAAAUCAUCAGCCAUGUCAGCUGCUGCUGCUGCAAGUGCUCUUGCUGGUGAAGGAACAGCGCACAUGCCGCGUCUGUUCAGUUUCUUGUCUGCAGAUAAUCAGGGUAUGGAAGCGUACUUUCACGCUCAGUUUUUGGUGGUUGAAAUUGGUAGUGGUAAGGGAAAGAGAGCUUCGUUGCAUUUCACUCAUGCAUUCAAGCCUCAGUGUUGGUAUUUUAUUGGUCUGGAGCAUACGUCUAAGCAGGGAUUACUUGGUAAAACUGAAAGUGAGUUAAGAUUGUAUAUUGAUGGAUCUUUAUACGAAUCUCGUCCUUUUGACUUCCCUAGAAUCACAAAACCUCUUGCGUUUUGCUGUAUUGGAACUAAUCCUCCCCCUACAAUGGCUGGUUUACAACGCCGGCGUCGCCAAUGCCCUCUAUUUGCUGAGAUGGGGCCUGUGUAUAUUUUUAAAGAACCGAUUGGGCCUGAUAGAAUGACUUCUUUGGCUACUAGAGGGGGGGAUAUACUGCCUUCUUUUGGUAAUGCAGCAGGGCUACCAUGGCUUGCAACUAGCGAACAUCUACAGAGAAUGGCAGAAGAAAGUGCCCUUCUGGAUGCAGAAAUAGCAGGAUGUGUACAUGUUAUCUACCAUCCCAGUUUGCUCAAUGGUCGCUACUGUCCAGAUGCUUCACCAAGCGGCGCUGCAGGGAUGGUUCGAAGACCUGCGGAAGUCCUUGGGCAAGUGCAUGUUGCUACAAGAAUGCGACCAGCUGAGGCUUUAUGGGCCCUGUCAUAUGGAGGUCCCAUGUCAUUGCUUCCAUUAGCUGUAAGCAAUGUGCAGGGUAACAACUUAGAGCCACAACAAGGGGAUCAAUCCAUUUCCCAGGCAACUGCAGCCCUUGCUGCCCCUAUAUUUAGAAUUAUGGCAAUGGCCAUUCAACACCCUGGAAACAAUAAGGAAUUGUGCCAGGCCAGAGGUCCAGAGGUUUUGUCUCGGAUUUUAAAUUAUCUCUUGCAAACAUUUUCCUCCGUUAACAUUGGAAAGCGUGACGGAGUUGCAGAUGAGGAGCUAGUUGCUGCUGUUGUUUCCUUAUGCCAAUCUCAAAAAUAUAAUCACCCACUUAAAGUGCAGCUCUUUAGUACAUUACUCUUAGAUCUUAAAAUUUGGAGCUUAUGCAAUUACGGACUGCAGAAGAAGCUGUUCUCCUCACUUGCAGACAUGGUUUUCACAGAGGCGUCAGUAAUGAGGGAUGCUAAUGCCAUUCAGAUGCUUCUUGAUGGUUGUCGGAGAUGCUAUUGGACCAUACGCGAACAAGAUUCAGUGAAUACCUUCUCAGUCGAUGAUUCUAUGCGUCCUAUCGGUGAAGUGAAUGCUUUGGUUGAUGAACUUCUAGUGGUUAUUGAACUGUUAGUUGUGGCAGCUUCUCCACAAUUAGCUGUGGAUGAUGUCCGAUGCUUACUAGGGUUCAUAGUUGACUGUCCACAACCUAACCAGGUUGCCAGGACAUUGCACCUCAUGUACAGGUUGGUUGUGCAGCCAAAUACAUCCAGGGCUAAGACGUUUGCGGAGGCCUUUUUAUCAUGUGGUGGAAUAGAAACACUUCUUGUCCUACUUCAACGGGAGGCAAAAAAUGGUGAUACUGAUGAGCCAGACUCGUCAUUUGAGAAUGAUGGGGACAUGGCUGGUGAUGGAUCUGAAUUUGAUGAUAACCUUUUGUUUUCUCAAAGAAGUCAUGGUGACAACAAUGGGGACUCUGUGGACGAUUUUCCGGGUAAGGAUUAUACACCAAAGUCUUCCACAGGUAGCAAGGCUACUUUCUUUAAUUCUCAGGCAAGUCUUGAGAGGAAGAAGUCCAUUUCUGAGAAUAUUCUAAUGAGAAAUUUGGGUGGUAUAAGUUUCUCGAUAAGUGCUGACAAUGCAAGGAACAAUGUAUAUAAUGUUGACAAAAGUGAUUGUGUUGUGGUUCGCGUCAUCGGUCUUUUUGGUUCUCUAGUCAAAUCAGGCCAUCUUAAAAUUGAUUGGCCUCCUUCUUUAGAAAUGACCAAGAGUAAUCUUUCAGUCGUGCAAGAGGCAGGUGGUACCAUGUUUGAUGAUAAAGUUGCACUUCUUCUUUUUGCUUUACAAAAAGCUUUCCAGGCUGCUCCAAACAGACUUAUGACCAGCAAUGUCUACAAGUCUUUGUUAGGUGCCACGAUUAAUGCCGCUUCAUCAGAUGAGGGGUUGAACUUUUAUGAUUCUGGUCACCGCUUUGAGCAUAUACAGCUUUUGUUGGUUCUUUUGCAUUCACUUCCAUACGCACCAACACCCUUCCAAAUUCGAGCAUUGCAGGAUCUUUUGAUUUUGGCUUGCAGUCAUCCCGAAAACAGAAGUAGCCUAACUAAAAUGGAGGAAUGGCCUGAGUGGCUUCUGGAGAUUCUCAUUUCGAAUCAUGAGAGAGGUUCAAGUAGUGUAAAUUCAUCAACCUUAGGUGAUGUAGAAGAUCUUAUCCACAAUUUCCUGAUAAUCAUGCUGGAGUUCUCAAUGCGCCAGAAGGAAGGAUGGAAGGAUGUUGAAGCUACAAUUCACUGUGCAGAAUGGCUGUCAAUGGUGGGUGGAUCUAGCACAGGGGAUCAACGUAUCAGGCGUGAGGAGUCAUUACCUAUUUUCAAAAGAAGACUCUUAGGUGACUUGAUGGAUUUUGCUGCGAGAGAACUACAGGUUCAGACUCAGAUUAUUGCUGCUGCAGCUGCUGGUGUUGCUGCGGAGGGUUUGGCACCUAAAGAUGCCAAGGCAGGAGCUGAAAAUGCUGCCCUACUUGCUGUGGCUCUGGUAGAGAAUGCAAUUGUGAUUCUAAUGCUUGUUGAAGAUCACUUACGGUUGCAAAGUAAACUUUACAGUUCCUCACGUGUGCCAGCUGGUUCUGCUUCGCCACUAUCAACUUUGGCAAUUGGUGGAGAAUCUAUGGAAUCAGGUGGUGACAGAAACUCAUCUUCAAAUGACUCUGGUGGCCUCUCCCUGGAUGUUCUUGCCUCAAUGGCUGAUGCUAAUGGGCAAAUCUCUACAGCUGUCAUGGAAAGGCUUACGGCCGCUGCUGCUGCUGAGCCUUAUCAAUCAGUCUCGUGUGCUUUUGUAUCAUAUGGCAGCUGUGUCAUAGAUUUGUCCGAGGGUUGGAGGUUUAGGAGCAGAUUGUGGUUUGGAGUUGGAAUGCCAUCAAAAACAGCAGCAUCUAGUGGAGGUGGCAGUGGAUGGUCUGCAUGGGGAUCCAUUUUGGAGAAAGAUGAAAAUGGAAACUGGAUAGAACUUCCUCUUGUAAAGAAGUCUGUUGCUAUGCUCCAGGCUUUGCUGUUAGAUGAGUCUGGGUUGGGUGGUGGUCUUGGUAUUGGAGGAGGAUCUGGUACUGGUAUGGGUGGCAUGGCUGGGCUUUAUCAAUUACUAGAUAGUGACCAACCAUUCUUGUGCAUGCUUCGCAUGGUGCUUGUCUCAAUGAGGGAAGACGAUGAUGGUAAAGAUAGUUUGCUUAUGAGGAAUGUAAGCAACUCUGGUUUAAUAGAACGUUCAAAUCAGUCUGCUGCGAGUAUUUCAUCCUUUAAUAGCAGCAGUCCUCGUAUGUCAGCAAGGAAGCCACUAUCUUCGCUUUUGUGGAGCGUUCUUUCUCCUCUCUUGAAUAUGCCAAUCUCCGAAUCCAGGAGGCAGCGAGUGUUGGUUGCGUCUUGUGUGCUUUAUUCUGAGGUGUGGCAUGCUGUAAGCAGAGACGGAACUCCUCUGCGGAAACAGUAUCUAGAAUCCAUAUUGCCUGCUUUUGUUGCGGUCUUGAGGAGAUGGCGUCCUCUUUUGGCAGGAAUUCACGAGCUUGCCACAGCAGAUGGCUUGAAUCCUCUUGUAGUUGAUGAUCGUGCUCUUGCUGCAGAUGCAUUGCCUAUAGAGGCUGCUCUAGCAAUGAUCUCCCCCAGCUGGGCUGCUGCUUUUGCAUCACCGCCUUCUGCAAUGGCGUUAGCAAUGAUUGCUGCUGGAGCAGCUGGUGGAGACCCGCCCACAAUUGUUAAUGCUGCUCAGCUAAAACGUGACACUUCAUUGCUAGAGAGAAAAACAACUCGUCUUCACACAUUCUCUAGCUUUCAGAAGCCUUUAGACAGCAAAUCUCCUCCUGUUCCUCGAGACAAAGCUGCUGCUAAAGCUGCAGCCUUGGCUGCUGCACGUGAUCUUGAACGAAAUGCAAAAAUUGGCUCUGGAAGAGGUCUAAGUGCAGUAGCAAUGGCCACAUCUGCACAACGGAGGAAUGAAACUGAUAUGGGACGCGUAAACAGAUGGAAUAUAUCUGAGGCAAUGGGAACUGCUUGGAUGGAAUGUUUGCAGUCAGUUGAUUCAAAGUCUGUCUAUGGAAAAGAUUUUAAUGCUGUAUCUUAUAAAUUUAUUGCUGUCCUUGUUGGAAGUCUAGCAUUAGCUAGAAACAUGCAACGAUCAGAGGUUGACAGACGGUCACAAGUUGAUAUUAAAGGGCGUCAUCAACUUCUGACUGGAAUUCGUGCCUGGCGUAAACUCAUUCAUUGCUUAAUGGAGUUGAAGUGUCUUUUUGGGCCAUCUGGGAACAAUUUGUGUUAUCCGGAGAAGGUUUUCUGGAAAUUAGAUUUCAUGGAGAGUUCUUCAAGGAUGAGACUAUGCUUAAAGAGGAACUACAGAGGGUCCGAUCAUUGUGGUGCUGCUGCAAAUUAUGAAGACCACGUUGAGCCAAAGAUUUGUAAAGAGAAUGUUGUCAGUCCAUCAAAAGUCUCUAUUUUGGCAGCUGAAGCUAUGUCAAUGGAGAUCCAAGAGGAUGAGGAGCACGAAGAUUUAAAUAAUUUUGAGGGUAAGCCUGAUUAUAUGGAACGGAAUGAUGAGGUUCAAAGACGAAUGGCUGGAGCUGUUGAGCACUCCAUACAAAACACUCUGGACUCAACAGAUUCUCACGCUACUAACAGCCAGGAAUUGUUGGAAAACCCAUCUGCAACUACCUCUGGUUAUGUUCCAAGUGAAUUAGAUGAAAGAAUUAUGCUUGAACUUCCAUCCUCCAUGGUCCGACCGUUGAGGGUUGUUCCAGGCACAUUUCAGAUAACAAGCAGACGUAUUAAUUUUAUUGUUGAUAACACAUCAAAUAUAUCGGCUGGUGAAGAAAGGGAUCAGUCUAAUGAAACUCAACUCCAGGAGAAGGAUCGCAGCUGGCCAAUAUCUUCUCUUCAUCAAAUAUACAGCCGAAGGUACCUCCUAAGAAGAAGUGCUCUUGAGUUGUUUAUGAUUGAUCGGUCCAAUUAUUUCUUCGAUUUUGGGAGCUCAGAGGGUAGAAAAAAUGCAUACCGAGCUAUUGUCCAAACACGCCCUCCUCAUUUGAACAAUAUAUAUCUUGCAACCCAGAGACCUGAUCAACUGCUUAAAAGAACACAAUUAAUGGAACGGUGGGCUAGAUGGGAGAUAAGCAACUUUGAAUAUUUAAUGCAGCUUAAUACACUGGCCGGGCGUAGUUAUAAUGAUAUCACUCAGUAUCCUGUUUUCCCGUGGAUUCUUGCUGAUUAUACUUCUGAGCAGUUGGAUCUGGCCAAUCCUUCUUCUUAUCGAGAUCUUUCAAAGCCCGUUGGUGCUUUAAAUGCUGAUAGAUUAACAAAGUUUCAAGAAAGAUAUGCCAGCUUUGAUGAUCCAAACAUUCCCAAGUUUCAUUACGGUUCUCAUUACUCCAGUGCUGGAACGGUGUUGUAUUAUCUUUUCAGAAUGGAGCCAUUUACAACCCUUGCAAUACAACUACAGGGGGACAAAUUUGAUCAUGCAGACAGAAUGUUUUCUGAUAUUGGUGCUACCUGGAAUGGGGUUCUCGAGGACAUGAGCGAUGUAAAAGAAUUGGUUCCUGAGUUGUUUUACCUCCCAGAGAUGUUAACAAAUGACAAUUCCAUUGACUUUGGUACAACACAACUUGGUGAAAAGCUUGAUUGUGUCAAGCUUCCUCCUUGGGCUGAAAGCCCUGUUAACUUUAUCCAGAAGCACCAAAUGGCUCUUGAGAGUGAGCAUGUAUCUUCUCACUUACAUGAGUGGAUAGAUCUCAUAUUUGGGAAUAAACAACGAGGGAAAGAGGCUAUUCAGGCUAAUAACGUUUUCUUUUAUAUUACCUAUGAGGGAACAAUUGAUGUUGAUAAAAUUUCAGAUCAAGUCCAACAGCGUGCUACACAAGACCAAAUUGCUUACUUUGGACAAACCCCUUCCCAGCUUCUCACUGUCCCUCACAUCAGGAGAAUGCCACUAGCGGAGGUUCUUCACUUGCAGACUAUUUUCCGGAAUCCCAAAGAGAUCAGACCAUAUGUUAUUCCUUCUCCAGAACGCUGUAACUUGCCUGCAGCUGCUAUUCAGGCUUCUUCAGAUUCUGUUAUAAUCGUUGACAUAAAUGCUCCAGCUGCACAUGUUGCACAGCACAAGUGGCAGCCAAACACUCCUGAUGGACAAGGGAUGCCCUUCCUUUUUCAUCAUGGAAAGAAUAAUUCUAGUGCCACUGGCGGUUCUUUCAUGCGGAUGUUCAAAGGAUCUGCAGGAACUGGUCAAGAUGAGUUGCAAUUUCCUCAAGCACUUGCAUUUGCAGCUUCUGGUAUCCGAAGUUCAGCUAUAGUUGCCAUCACAAAUAACAAAGAAAUCAUCACUGGUGGGCAUGUGGAUAAUACAAUCAAAGUAAUCUCCUCAGACGGGGCCAAGACAUUAGAAGUUGCCAGAGGUCAUGUUUCUCCAGUUACUUGCCUUGCUCUAUCACCUGAUAGUAAAUACCUUGUUACCGGUUCAGGUGAUACCACCAUUCUAUUAUGGAGAAUACAUCAAGUAUCCACUUCUCAAUCAUCAAACUUAUCCGAUCAUUCUACUAGCUCUGGAACUCCAACUUCAACAAAUUCAAACACAAUAGCCAACAUAUUGUCAGAAAAAACCCAAAGACGGCGAAUCGAAGGUCCAUUACAUGUUCUUCGCGGCCAUUUCAAUGAAAUUACCUGCUGCAGCGUCAGUUCAGAUCUUGGAAUUGUUGUGUCGUGUUCUUAUUCGUCGGAUCUUCUUAUACACUCGAUUAGUAAAGGUCGGUUGAUCAGACGUCUGUCUGGUUUGGAAGCUCAUGCUGUCUGUCUUUCAUCCCGUGGAAUAAUAAUGGCUUGGAAUAGAAAUCUUCAUACUCUCAGUACUUAUACUCUUAAUGGAACUAAAAUAGCUAGUUCUGUGUUGCCGACUUCUUGUAAAGUUAGUUGCAUGGAGAUAUCUUUAGACGGGAUGAAUGGUUUGAUUGGGUUAAACUCGUGUUUGGGAAAUAUUAAUGUCGUUUCUUCUGAGAAAUUGAUGGUGCCGGGAACUGGGGAAUAUUCUCCUGGAUCUGACGAUGCAAAUCGAGUUACAACGCAAAUUUAUUCGCCUUCGAUCUGCUUCUUUGCUCUGCAGAAUCUAAGGGUCUUUCAUACUAUUAAAUUGGAGCAAGGAAAAGAAAUUACUGCUCUGGCACUGAACAAAGAUAACUCAAAUCUUUUGGUAUCAACUGCUGAUAAACAAUUAACAGUCUUCACUGAUCCAGCUUUGAGCUUGAAGGUAGUGGAUCAUAUGCUAAAGCUGGGUUGGGAAGGUGAUGGUCUCAGCCCCCUUAUAAAAUGAGAAAAUUGGUAAAAAAAUUAGUUUUUUGUAUUUAUUUGGUGGACCAUGACGAUGAUGAGUUUACCAACAACAAUCUUCAUCGAAAAAGGUUGUUGUCUGCUAGGGCAAGCGGAAGUUAUCCAUUACACAAAAAUGAAUUAAAUUGUUUGCAAUUCGCAGCUCUCUCUCGGUCAGUGUAGUAGUAAUGUAUGUAUGGCAGAAGAGGGAGGGUAUAUAAUACCCGAUAUAAUCUGUGUUAGACUGUAAAAAAAGUUUAUUUUUGUAUUGCAACUUUUUCUAACGCAGUUUUGGCAAAAAAGAUUGUUUUGAGUUCA